AUCCAAAGCAAUCUCCUCACAGAAGAAAAAGAAAAACAGAAAAAAGAAAAAAGAAAAGCAAAGAAAAAAAGAAAGGAAGGAAAAUGACAAUGCAGUCUUUGAGACCUUUCCUCGUGUUCUCUCUCUCUCUUCUUCUUCUUCUUGUUCUUCCUCACUUUCUUCACGCCCGAUCCCUAAAUUCCAACAAAACAGUCCCAGCGCUCAUCGUGUUCGGUGACUCCAUCGUUGAUCCGGGCAACAAUAACGUUCUCACUACCGCCAUUCGGUGCGAUUUCCCUCCUUACGGAAGGGAUUUUAUUCAACAUAAACCGACGGGGAGGUUCUGCAACGGGAGGAUUCCCUCAGACAUGAUAGCUUCCAAAUUGGGAAUAAAGGAGAUCUUGCCAGCUUAUUUCGAUCGAAACUUGACACCUGAAGACCUCCUCACUGGUGUAAGUUUUGCCUCAGGUGGAUCAGGAUACGACAGUCUCACACCCAAAAUAGUGUCAGUUUUUUCACUGUCGGAUCAGUUGAAGUUUUUCAAAGAGUACAAAGAGAAGCUGAAGACUAUUGCCGGAGAAGAGAGAGCGGCCUACAUUGUCUCCGAUAGCAUAUACAUAGUCAUUAUAGGAAGCGAUGAUCUGGCGAAUACAUAUUUCUCCACUCCAUUCAGAAGGUCACAGUACGAUAUUCCUUCGUACGUCAAUUUGUUAGUUGAUUCAGCUUCCAAGUUUUAUCAGGAAUUGUACGGAUUGGGGGCUCGAAAGAUAGGCGUGGUGGGGCUUCCUCCAAUAGGAUGUGUUCCAUCACAAAGAACACUUGCAGGAGGACUCACAAGAGAAUGUGUGGAUUCUUAUAAUCAGGCAGCAAUAGAUGUGAAUGCUAAACUAUCCCAAGAAGUUCAAAGGCUUCAAGCCCAGCUCACAGGCUCAAAGAUCAUCUACGUUGACAUCUACACCACCUUGUAUAAUCUUAUUCAGCGACCAUCCGAUCAUGGAUUCGAGGUGACUACUAAAGGAUGUUGUGGCACGGGAACUGUGGAGGUGACAUUAUUGUGCAACCGUUUAAGUCCAAACACAUGCCAAGAUGUUUCAAAGUAUGUGUUUUGGGAUAGUUAUCACCCGACGGAGAAAGCAUAUGAAGUCAUAGUGGAGGACGUGGCUAAUAACUACCUGUACCUAUUGUUCUGAGGUUAAUAGAAGCCCAUCUUUCUAUCUUCAAUUGUAACGUAUUUAAAACAAAUAUUAUUCCUUUAAAAAAUAAAAUGAAGUGGAGAUAAAAGAAAAUGUAGUAAUAUAGCCAUGCUCUAAAUUCAGCAGUAUCAGUACCUCAUAUUCUUGGUGUGACAAAAAGCAAUGUACUGGAGGUUUCCUUGUAUCUUUCAAGUUAAUUAAAAGUUCCGUUCAUGUUCUCAUUA